AUGAACUCUUUCAAGAACGAAGUUUUUAGUGAGCUUCAAACCUACAGCAAAGAGUUUAAAGACUUCAAAUCCUCCUUAGAAUUUUUCUCAGGGAAAAUGGACAAUGCCUCUGAAUUAAUCAAUAAAAUAACGGAAGAAAUGAAAAGUGCAAAGGAGGAAGCCCGACUACUGCGUGAAGAAAACUCCAAGUUGCGCACGGCCGUGGAGGACCUGGAGAUGAGAAUGAGAGACAUGGAACAGUAUUCGCGGAUCUCUAACAUUGAAAUUAGCGGAAUUCCUGUGUCCCAGAAUGAAAAUUUGGAGAGUCUACUGUGUGAUAUUUCCAAGGCCAUCAACGUGGAGCUGAAGGAGGAGAGUGUCGAGGCGGCGCAUAGAGUCCCCAGCUACAACAAGAAGCGAGCUGCCCCCAUCGUCGUCAAGUUCAAGUCCCGACGAGACAAGGAGACGUGGAUCAACGGCUUCAAGGCGACGCGACCCCUGACAGCUGACAAGAUCAACCCGAGGAUGCCGAAGGAGAAGGUGUUCAUCAAUGAGCACCUUUCACCAGCAAACAAGCAACUCCUCUCCAAGACCAAGGAGGCUGCAAGGGACCGCGGCUACAAGUUCGUCUGGACCAAGGACGGGAAGAUCUUCGCACGGAAGCACAGCGGCGAUAGAGUAUUGAAGAUCACUGGUGAAACUAGUGUUAGAGACAUGUGA